AUGUCCUUGAACUUCUUACCGGGGAGACCUAAUGAUACGCAGCAGGCCACAUGUCAAAGCUACUGGCAGAAACAUACAAUAUUUGCGUACUGUUCCGGUAAUAACCUGAUUCUGCUAUCAAACGAGUUUACCAGGUUACAGACGAUAUAUCUAGAGACAGAUUGCACGGCCGUCGACAUAAAUCCAAGAAAUGGGUUCAUUGCCAUCGCAGUUGCCGACCGGGUGUACAUAUACAAGCCGAUCCACCAGAUCAUGAAGAAUCCCAAAUGGGCACGGUGUUGCUCCCUGUUUCAUGAUCCAUCGCAGAUUAACUGCUUGAGGUGGGGGAGGGAUAAUGAACUCGCAGUUGGGUCAGACUACUUAUCCUUUUGGAAGAUCAAAGAUGAAUUCGGCGAGUACGUCCCGAUUUUGCUGUGGAAUAAACGGCAAGCUAAACCUGUCUUCUACGUAACGGUCUCUCAAAACUCACAACUGGUGGCUAGUUUCGGCAAAUACGAUCACACGGUGAAACUCUGGGAAAGAAUAUCGAUUAGCGGUGAGCAAGUGAUAUUCAAAUUGACUCUAUUGUCGCAUUCAAAGCCUGUUACAUCGGUAAGAUGGAAAAGAAGAGAGAUUGGUAAGCAGGAGAAGAGUACAGUACUCCUCUCGGAAACUCUGUACACCCUCAGUGAAGAUAAACUACUAAGGAUAUGGCUCGUAUACGAAACAGAACACACACAAACCACUAUUCAAAAAUGGGGGGACAUUCAACUUACCUCAAGACAAAAGUACUGCAUUAUAUUGGAUAAUUGGAUUGUCUCAAAUGCGCUCGCAGCAGUCAGAGAUCAGCAGCAACAUGAGAGACUGGCGAAUUUAUUGGAAAGUGACCCUGAUAUCGUUAUGCUAGGAGAUGAUAAAGGCGUUUUUGAAAUUAUCGCCUUAGAUAGUUUGUCUGCUUGUCCACCACGACCUAUGGUUAAGAAACAACUUACAACAAGAGAUUUGAGCCAUCCCAUUUUUGUCAGUAAUCCAAAGUUCAUAUAUUUUUCUGAGCUGCAACCAUAUGAGGACGAUUCGAUGUCAGUUUCUCUUGCCAUCCAUGAUAUGUUGGGUGUCAUCAGACAUUCAUUGAUUAAUGUUCCGAACUUCCUGGACCAAACACUAAGUGGCGACUCCUCAGCCGAUAGUAGUAUAAUCUUUCACUUGGAACAUACAUUUACCGGUCACAACAAAUCCAUCCAAAAGUUAGAGAGGUCCAGCGAUGGGGAAGCGUUACUGACGAUAUCGAGGUUUUCAGAGAAUUGUGUGUGGAUUCCACAGGAAUUAGAUACUGCUUCUGGUGCACUACUAAUACUGAAGAAUAUAAUAAAAACUGAGGUACCAAUCAAACUGUCUGUUAUUCAUGAAAAGGGCAAUCUUGUUAUCUGUCUUCUGGAAAAUCACAAACUACAAGCCUGGGAAUGUCCACCAAACCCAAUGUCAAAUGGGAAGAGGUCAAUUUUGAGGGGUGAGUUAGAUGUAAGUGUGGGUGAUGAUACAAAUGUUUAUCCGUUGUUGAUGUUGAAUACCCCAGAAGAAAAACACAGUCAUGAGCGGCAUUUCGCUGCUAUUGUGCACUCGGAUGGCAGUAUUCGUGCUUUUGAGGUGUCAUUGGCGAGGGGUAUAUUUGAAAUAGGGUCAGAUGAUUUGAAGUUAAUUCACAGUGUUCAAGGUGAUGAAAUCCAUAAACUUUCUGUUAUCGACCCGGUUCAUACGUCAUACGUGAGCAAUAGACCACUGAUUUCUGUUAUCACCAAAAAAGGGUUUGUCACGACAUUCCGGGCAACAGUGGAUUAUGACGAGAAACGGGUUCAUUGGAAUAUACUAUCGGAACUAAACAGUGGCAUCGAAAAUGCAAGUUAUGUCAAAGGGUCCUCAACAAAGAAGAUGUGUAUUGUGAGUUCAGGAAGCAAAACAGUGACUCUUUGGGAUCUCAACAGAAGUGUAUUGGAGUAUGAAGAAACUUUUGAGGACAAUAUUGAAGAUAUUGACUGGACAAGCACUGAAUUAGGCCAAAGUAUUGUUUCUGUCGGCUUCACGGGCUACGCCUUGCUAUACACUCAACUUCGAUAUGACUACACAAAUACUACUCCAAGCUACUUACCUAUAGAGAAAAUUGACAUUACGUCUCAUACAGCGCAUAACAUUGGUGAUUCCAUUUGGAUGAAGAACGGUAUAUUUGUUGUUGCAUCAGGCAACCAAUUAUAUGUUAAAGAUAAGUCGCUAAACUUGAAAGAUCCUUUUACUGCCAGAUCAAUUGGUUCGAGAAUGAUUCUAUCAAACGACAUUCUCCAUUUGAAUAGUGUUUUGAAUGGUCCCCUGCCUGUGUACCAUCCUCAAUUUCUGGUCCAAGCUAUAUACGCAAAGAAAUUGGAAUUGGUCAAAGAACUUCUUUUGCGGUUGUUUCUCGAAUUACGAAAGAUAGACCUCGAGUCGAAAGAUGUCAUUAAAGAACUACCUUCUGAUUUAAAUAUCGAUUUAUCAAAGUUUUCCAUCUAUCGUGACAAGAAUUAUCCGAUACAAAAGUUUCCAGAUCCAUAUCCAAUAUUUGAUAACCUUGUUGCCAAAACUCUAGUAGAACAAUUGACCAAAAUCACAUUACCUUAUGUGACACGGCACCAACAGAUCACUCUGAUAACUAUUGUGGAGGCUAUGGAGGAAAUUAUGAAAAAUGAGAAAAUAGUGGAUCAUAACGGUAUCCGAUUCCUUCUAGGAGUUAAGUUAUUUCUUUCUCAUAAGAAUGUACAAGAAAAUCUUCAGCCAAGAGAUGUUUCUUGGGCGUUGCACUCGGAUAACAAAGACCUUCUAUUGUCCAUUUUUGACUCUAAUAUAACUACAUGGGACAAAGCACGGGAGUAUAAAAUUGCAUACUGGGUAAAAGAGGAGCAAUUGCUAAGAAAGUUCGAGGAGAUUGCCAAGUUUGAAUUUUCCCGUAAUGACACGAAGGACCCAGCCAGAUGUUCGGUUUUUUAUAUGGCACUCAAGAAAAAGCAAGUUCUACUGAGCCUCUGGAAGAUAAGCAUAGGGCACCCAGAACAACAGAAGAUGGUCAAAUUUUUGAGUAACGAUUUUAGCCAGCCGAGAUGGAGAACAGCAGCUCUAAAAAAUGCAUUUGCAUUAAUGAGUAAGCAUCGCUAUAUUGAUGCGGCCUGUUUUUUCCUGCUCGCUGGUUCAUUGAAAGAUUGUGUCAAUGUACUCUGUAAGCAAGUGAAGGACAUGGAUUUGGCCAUUGCCACAUGCAGGGUAUACGAAGGGGACAAUGGUCCCGUCUUAGGGGACUUGCUAACAAAGCAACUUCUUCCGACUGCAAUUUUGAAAGGAGAUAAGUGGACCACCAGUUUUGUCUACUGGAAGUUAAAGAAACAAAAUGUUGCGAUUAAGGCUUUAGUUACAGCGCCAAUUGAUCUGGAAAAUAAUACUGAUAUUGUUUCAAGGGAAAACUUGAUUAAUAAAUCUUUCCUUACUGAGGACCCCGCUUUGUUGUAUUUGUACAGACAUCUGAGAACAAGGAAUGUAAAUUAUCUUACAGGUUCGCUAGAGAUUGGUGCACAGAUUGAAUACCGUCUAAUAUUAAGGGAUGUAGACAUCUUAAGAAGGAUGGGAUGCGAUUAUCUGGCAGUGGCCUUGGUUCGGAACUGGAAGUUUAUUGUUGAUCAAGAACGCCACAAAGAGUUACCAAAAAGUCCAAAGAACCCUGAAAUAUCUGGGAUUCCUAACAUGAUGGCAGAACCAACUUCAAGUGCACGGGUUCGUCCAAGUUUGUUUGAUAUGUUUGACAGCAAUAAGGGGAGUGGUAGUGACAGUACCAUCGAUGUUGCAAAUCUAACGAAAUCAGUCCAAUCAAAUCCUCCAAAUCUGCUGGCAACCUUUACAAGCUCCCCCAAACCUGAGACACCAGAAAUUUUAUUUGACAGUUUUAACUCAACCCCUAAGGAAAGUAAGGGAAGCACAUCAAAUACAGCCAGUCACACCAGCAGCAGCCGAAACCUAUUGGACGACUUUUUAUACUCAGCUCCUAGUACCUCCCACAGCUCAAUCAAAAAGGUUAUCAAGGAAGAAACUUCUAAAAUAGUAAACAACAGUCAUGAAAGUUCCUCUCCUGAGGAAACAAAGGAGAACAAUCAAAAGUUGGAAGACAGAGGUGAGGCUCAGACAGAAGAACCUAAACCUGCCCCAAAGGCAGUAUCGAAGCCAAGAAAUCUUCUUGACGAUUUCAUGUGA